UCGACAACCACCGGAUGAGCCUAGCACGACGAUGGAUGCUGGCGCGAGUACUUCCGCUGCCGGAGGUGCUUCCAAGCCACGCAAGAAGGGGAAGUUCAGGCUCAAGGAGCGCUCCAGUUCCUCGGUGCGGGAGCGCUUUGUCAACGAUCCGGCCUACACGGAGGACGUGCGCCACCUGGCCCUGCCUAUGCGCCGCAACAGUGGCCCGGAAAACGUGGACCACCAGCAGCAGCAGUCGCGCAAGUUCUACACCAUCCCGAAGAAGAAGUCCAACUCGGUGGGGAAGGACUACUUGAGGGGGUCGGGGUUCAGUGUGGACGCCGCGGAUGUAGGGAAGAAUCCCGGUGCGGCCCACAACGUGCAGGUUAAAGUGAGGAGGAAAAAGUAUAAUUACCAUAAUAGUUCGGAAAUGUUGCGGUUGAAUGCGGACGAAUCGAGCAGUUCGGAUAAUCUACGAAGUGGGGCUGGGAGCGGAAGGGUUUCAGCCCUGGAUCGACGGGGAAGAAGUUUGGAUCGGAAAAGUGCGGGUGAGGGAAACGACGGUAGGUGGUUCGAGAGGGAAGGCGAGGAUGAGGGAGAUGGCCGUGGGAAAAAUCGAAAUUUAAUCAGGAGACAGAAUGCAGCGGUGGACGAGGGUAUGUCAGUUCAGGAGGAUGGAGACGAAGAUGGAAAAGAAGGUCGAAGUAAGUUGCAGAUUGGGAAACGUUUUCUGAAGGGUGAGAUCGGAAUCAAGAGCUUCAAUUACUACUUGCUAAAAGAGGGGCUGAAAUCUUCCAAAAAGAAUUUGUUGAAGCAACGUUCCGAGCCUGCGGAGGCAGUCGGAGCUGUUGGGGGAGGAGGGUUGUCCAAAAGCGAGGAAAACAUUUAUGAGGAGAUUUAUUUCGAAGAGAAACCAAACGACCCAAGUGAUGAGAAGAUUCAGUUUAUAGAUUGUGAAUUGUGUGUCCAGCAAUGUAAUAACAGUAACUGCGAAGCGUGUCAUAGCCAUGUUUCGAAACAUAAACUGCAACAACAUCACCAUCAUCAACAGAAGCAAUCGGACAAGCAGAAUGUAUACGAACAAUUGAAACAAGUGCCCCCGCCUCAGGGCCCGGUUCCCGGUCCACAGCAUCAGCCGCAGUAUAAGGCAACAGUGAAAUCGUUGGACAUUGACGAUUCGAGCAUGUAUCACUCAUCGUCGUCUACAUACGGUACGGCAACUGGCAACGUCCUGCAGUAUCAGUCAUACAAUCCAAAUAAUCCUAAUGUUUUCAAAAUAGAAACAACACCAGUUGCAUUCGGUUGCGAGUAUAACCCCAUUCAGCAGAUCUAUUACAAAUCUCAGUAUGGUACUCUCCCAGGGGCGCCUGGUUCGACUGGUCAACAGCGCCAUCACAUUUAUCAGCAACCGCAAAAUCUAGUUUCGACCAACUCCGAUUUCUACCAAGAGAUGAACAGAAAAAAAUCAUCUUCAUCGUCCGAUUCUCUGCAGGCCCGGAUGCAACGUGAGCUCUAUCAGCAAGCCAACUUGUACUACUAUCAACGUGAGGCUGCUGCAGCACAAAACGUUCAGCCACAGCAUCCAUCCAAAAUCUACAAAACGAGCUCCAAUGCAUCCAUUCUGAGCGAGACAUCAGCUCGGAGUGAGAACUCCCUGAAGCAACCUCGCACCGGUAAUAUGUCCGACUCGUCCCUUGGGGACUCGUUGUUUUCCUAUCCGGCCAAUCGACGCUACUUUGGUAGUUCCGAGAGCUGUCGCUUUGCUUCAGAGUGCCGCCGCUGCAGUCUAGACGUAGACAAAUGUAGUUUCUCUGACACAUGCCGGUACGACUGUCGAAAUUGUGACUGCUCGUCAAGCUACUUCUCCUCCGAUUUCGAUGACACCGGCAUCGGCAGGAAGAGCCACUCGCGUCAGUCGGGUAACAAUUUGAUCCAGGAUAAUUAUAAUGUACCCUCCUAUGCGGAGGAUUUUAUGAAACACGUAAGCAACGUAAAACGGAACCAGUUGGGAACGUCCCCCUAUCCGCAACAUCCGCAGCAGAAACAGACUCCUAGUGGCAAGAUUUAUGAAACCCCUACCACGUACGCCGGGAUUACGAAAAAGACACCAUCUCAGCAGGAGCAUACCUACGAGAAAUUGAAAUCCAACCCAAAAGGCAACAUCGGCAUCAGGGCCACUCACAAAUACGACGAAAACACCAAACUGUCAAUCAGUCAAAGUCAUGAGCUGUUGUUGUCUCCUUCCAGAAGCAAGAUUCUCCACGAAGGGCGCUAUGGAAUGGCUGGUAUCGAGCGCUAUGGGCCUAACUUCUCCAGCACCCUACCAGCCUCAAUCCCAUCCAAAGCCAAAAGCUCCGAAUUCGGUCCACUCUUUAGUACGAUCGCCCGAGAAGUAGACACACCCGCAAAAUCCGUCACAGCCACCGGACCCCCCAGAGCGACUCUAUCAAACUUGAAUCAUGACUAUGCAGAAAUCACCCAACUGCCAACCGCCCCUAAAACCGACUCGAAAGAGCAAAAGCAAACACCUCCCCCUCCAUUACCGCCAACAUCCACGCACCCCAAACGCUCCAGCCUCAAGUACAUGGCUCCACAACCUCCGAAACCCACCCAAACGCAGCCAACACCACCCGGCAACGUCGCCCGCCGUCAAGCGCCUCCGAUUCCAUUGAAUCCUCCGCUCGACACCGCUCAACCAAUCACCGCUUCCGGUGACAGCAGGGAUAAAUCUCUUCCGCGGCGGGAUCGGGCCGAUUUCGAGCGCAGCAAACGGGGGGCGGCCGCUGCUGUCGCUGCCACCAUACAGGACGUGGUGGCCCCGGCUCUGACUCCGCAAUCCAAACGGAAACAGGAGCAGCCACAGCAACAACACCAACAGCAGUCAUCGGUUCCGAAGAAAGAGGCGAAGAAGAAGGUGCAGCAACAGGCCGUCGAAGACGACGGAAAUUUCACCGACGACGAGGACGAUGAGGUGUUUCUCAGUGAUAAGGUGGUGCCCGAGAAGCCAAAGUAUGGAAGCGUGAAGCAGAAUCCACCUCCAAAAGAGCAUGCCACAACAAACAAAACCCCCCUCGGUCCAGCUCCCACAGCUGCAUCAGGUCAGGCGGUAACCGGUUCCAAUUUCACUUCACAACCACUAGCGGCGGCUUUAGCAGCGCCGUCAUCGCCGUCAUCAUCAUCAUCAAUACCAUCGGCCCCCCAAAAUACAACAAGCGGCGUCGUUGCUUCAGCAGCAUCCAAACAACCUGCUCCACCGACGGCGAUGUCCAGACCAAAACACAGAGAGCAUCAACCCGAAACCCCGGCAACGACGCUGGUUGGGACCGCCGCCGGUACACAUCCAGCCACGAAGCAGCUGCACUCAAACGAAAGCGAGAGUUUGCGCAGUUCCGCAGCUGCCCAGCUGCUGGCCGAUGCCGAGAGCAUGAGCGACUUGGUGAGAAAGAGUGACGAACCCGCGACUGCCGCUACCGAGGGGGAUCCUACGGAGGGUGGUGAUGGAGUUGUCGGUGGUGCUUUGAUGGUAUCUUCCCAGCUCCACCAAUGGACCAAAACAAAAUCGUCACCCGAAGCACUCAGUACCGAUCUUGCCGUCUCAGGUGAAGCGUCGGAGCCAGCUUUGUCGGGUCGUCUGGCAGCGUCAGCAGCACCAGCAGCAGCAGGUUGUUCGAACAGAGAAAACAAAAAUACUUCAUCUGCCACGGGUUCCCAUCCUCAGACACCUGCUGAAGCGAAUGCCGAUGCCCUCACCGCAAGUGAUCACCGAGCCGAAUCUGCCAAAGAACACGCCACCAACGAUGAAUGUGAUAUCAGUGACUUUCCGCUGCCAGAGAUUCCUGUGAAGCAGGAUCCAACUUCGUCGGACAACAGUUUCCUUACGGCAACCGAAGGCAACGAUACGGCGUGGGACGAUGCCCAGUCCUCUCCUGGUCUAGUGAAGCGAUCGAGCAGUGGCGACCAGACAGCGAAUUUUGACUUAUCGAGAACGAGCUUUGAAGGCCAGGAAAUGCACUACCGCAACUCGAACGAUAAGCCAACUUAUUUGUUCGGCGAAAACCUCAAAAAGAAUGAAAUAUUCCUCAACAAAUCCGGCUGGGUGCAGGUCAGCCAGCCACCGCAUUAUCUGGGUGAUCGUAAUAUUCGGGCAAAGUCACUCCAAUCGGAGUUACCUGGCCCGAGGGCAACUCGGAAGUUCAUAGAGUACAAUGAAAAUAGAUACGGCAAAGGAAGCAAACUCGAGGAUUUGAUAAAUCGGAACGAAGCGCGACGGAGUCAGGUGCAGAAAGUUCAGCGCCAAGACAAUGUCACAAUCUUGAAAAUUGAUCCUCAGCUAUCAUCAGGAGGUCGCCCAUUAUGUCUCCCCAUCAAGCGAAAUUUGGCAGACAACUCACCCCCUCCGGUUACUCCGAUCCUAUCACCGCCGCCAGCCUUCCAAGACUCAGCUCAGAAAACCCGCCUCGGCGAAAUCAAACCCGGAACCCGGAUAUUCCUCUCCGUAGUGGACAACGAAAAUCGAAAUCCCAAAGGCAUGGUCUUCUCGAGAAGCUUCGAGUACGACAAUCGACGAUACACCACUCCUAUAGCCACGUCGCAGCAGCGCCCUCAGAAUCAAUCCUAUUUAGGGAACUUUUCAAAAAGCUUCGACUUUGAUUCCACUCUGAUAGCACCCAUGCCCAAAACCACGGAUCAACCCUUCAUCCGCCGAAACAAAUCGCCCACACCGGCCUUCUCCACCCUCACCGGAAACUCUCCCAACUAUCUAACGAAAAAGGAGAAGCCCAACGCGAAACCCCAACUCAUCGCCGGUGAUAAGUCGCCGAUUUUUCCGAAGGCGAUCCCCGGCAGCAGUGUGACCAGCUCCGGCUAUGAAUCUCUGAAACGGUUUGGCGACAAGAACAAAUCGUUCGACUCGCAGAUGAUGUCUUCCAGCGUGGCGAACGCAAUCCUUGGCCAUCGUUCCCGGCGGUCACAGUUCUCCAUCAGGGCCAACUCUACUGUCGGGGUACCUUGCUACGGUUUCCGGUCCGAUUCCGUUGGCAAUGCUCGGCUCAAUUCCUGUGAUAGUGGUGCUAGAUCUGAUUACUCGAACGACGGCGUAGAAGACGACGAAGAGAACGUCAGCGAUGAUCAAUCUUCUUCGCUGGCACUCAGUUAUAAAUCGUCCACUUCCUACAUGAACCAGAUGAAGGGUCGAGCUGGAUUGUUCGGUAGCUCCGGCUCUGGAAACACCUUAACCGCCCACAGUGCCCUAAAACCGCAGCGUUCCCUGACGCCGGAGCGGCUGUACGACAACGACGAGUACGGUAGCAUACGAAACUUGAAAAAGCAACGAUCACUAACACCGGAGAAACGUUCUCGAACUCCAGACGACCGAAGCAAACCGCGCACGAAAGGAGAUAUAAACAGUUCGCAAUCAUCGCUGGUAUCCCGGCAGAGUUCCGGUUCCCGGAGCAGUACCCUGGAGCGACGCUACGACGAGGCCUACAUGCGUACCUCUAGCCGGAGUUCGUCCAGCUCUAGCUACAGUGGCGAUGAAGCGCACGCAUCGUCCUACCGAAGAAGUCAGCUGCGGGGGUCUUCACUUCGGCCGACCAACGUUGCCGGUGACUACAAAAUUCGGCGAUCCAGCAACCAAUCUUUCGCAGACCGUAUGUAUGUAUCCCUGCAGCUGUCGGAGAGGUCACCCAGUAGACAGCAAGUGCCUGUUGCGGUAGCAGCCUUACCGCACAAGGUGGUCGUCCGACUGGGAAACGUUCCAAACAAGGAGCGACCGGCUUACACCAGUUCACGGAAGCUUACAGGAAGUCAAUUACUAACGCAGCAGCAGGACACGGUUUACCCACGGAUUUCACCCAGCUGCACCCUGGAUCGACUGCGCCGCGAAACAGCUUCGCACACAAUCGUGGACGUGCAGGACAAAAGUAAAUCGUUCGAUAACAAUAAUUACGGCGCGUAUGAGUAUGAGUACGACAAGAGCAAGUCAUUCGACGAGAACUUCGGGGUGGAGAGCGACAAGCGAGGAUACGUUGCGACGGAGGGUAGGUCUUUCAGUCACGAUCGAAUCUUCGGAUCAACGGGCACUUCUUCGAGUAAUGAGUACAGUCAGUCGUCCACGUCAAGAAACAGAAGCCCUCAGUCGUACGGAAGCCGACUCUACGACCACGAUCUACAGUCCCAACAGCAAUACGAUGUCAGCAGGAUGAGUCGGUCUCCGAUAAUAAACUACAAUCAGCGACGUGCAAUCGCGAGGGAGCGUUCACCCGUACCUGGGGCCAGCAAACCCCUACUUGGACAACACUACCAAAAGCCUUCGGAUUUGUAUCUGAUGAGGAGCCUUGGAACGCCAGAUUCCGAGUACGAUGACCGCAUCACACCCGAUUUCGCGGACAAUCAAGCUCCAACUUCAACGACAAUAGUUGCACCUACGAACACAGCUGCGGCGGCAGCGGCCUUCAAGGAAGCCGAAUUAGUGAAAAAGUUUCUGUACGCAACGAAAAACAAGCAGUUGCAAAGAGAGUCACGUAACGUUGUUGUACCCCCGGCCGGAACGCCAUCCACUGGAAGUUGUACCGCUAGUUCCUGUGACUUUUGGCCACACUGUGGCGUCACGUCGACGCUCUCGGUCGAACAGAAUCAGUUAACAAAAUCGGGUAGUGAGAACUGUUUGAACAGAAGAAGUAUCGGUGCCGGAGGUGACAUUUCAAGUUGUGCUACAGGUCUUCUCAGUACUGGUAGUGGAACAGGUGGUGAAGUGAUUGUGAUCGGUGCAAGUUCCGGCGCCACGUUGGUCCCGAUCAAGGCCAACAGCUACGGUGGCGUCGGGCAUCAUCCGCUCAAGAAGCAAAAGAACAUAGAAAUCCACGACCGGGAUCUUGCGACUGUAAUCGGUGGCGGCGGCGGAGGACCUCAACGCUACAUCUAUGGAGCGUCCCGACCGGCCAUUGUCAAAGCUAACUCAAUCACAUUCCUCGGCGAGCACGAGAUGCCCAUUACACGUGACCGUGUUUCGAAAUCGUAUUCCCAUCAGGGCUCGACAACGUCCACAACGACUACGGCGACGUCGGCCAUCCUAACGAAGCAGAAUUCCACUUCAUCUAAAAGCAAUUAUUCUCUGUCCGAUCAAGCACUGGGCUACAACAACAACAACAACCACAACGGUAGACCGGUGCAGAAAGGCGCCCAUCACCAAAACCACCCGAGCAGUGGCGGAAGCGGUGGGGGUGGUGGCGGCAGCAGCAAUAGCAGUGUUAAAAGCAAUAGUAGCAAUUAUAAAGUCAAUCGAAGUCCCAGCAAUAAAAGCAACCCCCCUGGCCCGAGCGGAAACAAUCAGCGCUAUGGUGCCGGCGGAGGAACGGCCAAUCCUCUUUCAACGGAUAAAGCUGGCUCCGGGAGUGACGUACGUGAUAGGAAAUCGAGACCGACUUAUUCUGCAUCGACCAAGCCUCAUCGCACUUCCUCAUCCUCGUCGUCGUCGAUCAAACGAAAGUUUGAAAUGAAGCUGAAAAGCCGCUCGCUGCCAAAGUCCUUCAUGCGCUACAGCAAUCUGAUGUCGGAUGAUUUGGAGCUGUCUGCAAUAUUCUCCCCGAAUUCGCCCCUGCAGCUGCGAGCCGUUUCUAGUCCGUCACUCACAGAACCAACGCCACCGGCGGCGGUUCUCGCUCAACCGGACGGCAACCAUGUGGCCAAAAUCGCAGAUUCUCGAAACCAUCAGCACAAGACUGCAUCGCUGAACGCCAACCAGAGGAAUCUGCAUCACUCCCAGCACGCUACUGAGAGUGUAUUGCAGAAAUUCAAAAAGACCUUCUCCCAGUUCAAACCGGCCAAAGCAGGGUCCUCGGCGUUGGGGCCUGCCCACAGCAAUAGCCAAAGUAGUAGCACCAGUAGCAGCAGCAAUAGCAAUCAUCCGCAUCACCUGCUUGUCAACAGCAACGGAAUGAGCGUCGAUGGAGGAAGUCAGGACAGACCAGUUCUACCACCACCGCAGCAGCAGCAACAGCAGCACCACCAGCAAGCCAGUCACCGGUUCGGUCCGUUGAUAUGGCGAUCGAGCAAGGAGCGGCGGAAAACCAAGUCCCACCGGCGAGAUAAGUGCAACAGUGGCGAUUCGGGCAUCCAGGUCGAACUGGAAGCCGACGAGCAGCUGCUGCCGGAGGCGGGGAUUGAUGGAACGGACCCCAUUUCGCCCAGUUCCGUCACGGUACGGCGUGCCAACUCGGCCAAAGUGUCCACAUCCAGUGGUGGAGCAUCGCUCCUCAAGCACAAACUAUCGCUCAAAAGCAGCAGCAACAACAACAAAGAAAACAUUGCCAACAUAUCAAGACUUAGCGGAAAAUCGCGCAGCCAACCGUCCGGACUGGACCGGCUGGCCGACAACGACCCGGAUGACAACGAUGCCCGGCUAAGUGAGUCGGAUAGUGACAACGACGACGAACCGCACCACCCCGGACAACGACGGAGCGAUUCGCGGCUGGCGAUCCGGGACUCGGAACCGGUCUUUGCCGAGGUCCUGUUUUCUUUCCGACCGGUGGGCCCCCAGGAGCUCGCGCUGGAAAAAGGCGCUCUGGUGGAGGUGUUACGACGGGAGGCCGGCCCCUGGUGGUGGGGUCGAAUAAAAUCCGAUGCCAUUCUGACCGACGACCGUGUAGAAGAGGACCGAGCCGCCCUCGACAACUCCGAUUGCGGCUGGUUCCCGAUGGAUUUCGUUAAACUGUUACCUGCGUACAAUAAGCCAAAACAGAUCAUCAUCAUCAACAAUAGCAGUAGUGGGCUCGAAGAGGCUGGAGGUGUGAAGGAUGGGGACAUGGGACAGAACUGUGAUAUGCUGCAAGAGGGCGGCGCUACAACGAUGCUGCCGACUGAGAUCGACGGUGCUUCGGUGCCGAACGAAUCGAUGGGCGGUGCUAGUCAGGAGCAAACGAAGGAGAAUGUGAUCAAGGAACUGCUCGAAACGGAAAUCAACUUUGUUAAGUUGCUCAAUUCACUUUGUUUAGGGUAUAUAAAGCCUCUACGGGAACGGGAAGACGUCUUUCCCACGGAGAGUGUGAACAUCAUCUUUUCGAAUCUGGAGAAAAUUUGGCGUUUUCAGCAAACUUUUCUGGACGCACUCCGGAUAGCAGUGCCCAACAACAGGAUAGGGGAAGUGUUCCUUGAAUAUCAAUCGGCAUUUAUGAUCUAUUCGGUGUACUGCAAUUCCUAUCCACGUGCCUUGAUGGAACUGGAGAACUACACCAACAAUAAAGAGGCAUGCGCCAUAUUAGAAAGUUGCCGCGUAUCACAGAAUCUUCCGGAGUUGCCACUGUCGGCACACCUGCUCGCACCUAUCCAGCGAAUCUGCCGCUAUCCGUUGCAUCUCAGCGAACUAGUCAAGCAUUCGCCCACGCGGAAGGAGCUGCUGCCGCUGCUGAACCUGCGCAAGUGCACAAAAUCCGAUCUGGAAACCAUGGACUGCCAGGAGGUGUUCGAACUGGCACUUACUGCGAUGAGGCGCGUAACCGAGAUGGUUAAUGAAGGCAAACGCCACAGUGAGUAUCUCUCGCGCAUGCAGUCCCGCUUCGAGAACUUCCAGGGUCCUUCAAUCAACGUGCACAGUACCCGCCUUUUUCUACAAACCGACGCCAUCCGUAUGACGCCGAACCUGUGGAACAACACCUACACGCUGUUUCUGUUCGAUCGACAGCUGAUCUACUGCAAGAAGGACCUUCUCAAGCGGACCAACUACAUCUACAAGGGUCGCAUCUUCCUGGACAAUUGUCGGAUAUUGAACCUCCCGGAUGGAAAGAUGUUCGGCGUGACGCUGAAGAAUGCGCUACGGCUCUAUUGCGACACGCGGAACAAAUGGUUCGAUUUCUGUUUCCGUAGCAGCAGCAGCAAAUUGCGUUUCCUCAACACCCUAUCCGCGGAACGACAAUUCUGCGGCGAGAGCUUGUUCGUGUCCGAACUGGACGGUGCAUGCGUCGACGACGAGAACCUGUCCGAUCGCGAGUAUUUCCCUUUCACGGACGAAAAGGAUGGAUGCAGCAAUACGGACACGGAAACCAGCAACGGUGCCGAUCUAACGGACAGCAUGCAGUUUCUCCUGGGAAACAUGUCCCAAAGCGCCAGGACCAGCAGUGUCAGCGUGCUGAAAGAAUCUCCCACCAACAUUGGCGGCAAACAAUCGGGCAACACCCUCCCGAAGAAGUCUCGAAAGUCAUCCAAAGAACAGCAACAGCAGCAACAGGCCGAGUACAGUUCCCACUCUCUCGGGCGGCGAAAACUGGGCAAUUGGUUCCGCAAGGCCAAGAGCACCAACAGCACCCCCUCGCAGAGCCCCACCCAUCACCCGAUGGCGCUUUCGCUAGCCGCCGUCAACAAUGUGGCCGUAUCGGACAGUUCGUCGGCCAGUAGCCCUGGUCUGGGGUACCACCACCAGCGAACUCUGUCCGCGCUGUCCACCGGCAGCGGGACCACACCCUCCUCCAUGGCCAAAGGUAAAUCUAAAGAUAACCUCAUGACUCAGUCGUCCAUCAUAUCGUCCUGAGGGUACGAGAGCACGCUGCUCUAGUUCUAAGUCAUUCAUCCUUCAGUCAGUCGCAAGGAAUCAACCAAAACACACGAGCAUUGUCGUCCAUACAUUAUCAUCACACGCAUCAAAGAAGCAGUUUCGCCAAAUAAAGAAAGCAACUCUAGGAUUUUCAUCGUCUAGUUAGUCAAUUACCCCCCGCAUACAUAUCUCCGUUUCUGUUGUUGUACCUAAUUGAAGUAUGAUACUGGGGAGUCAUUCAUUUCCACUCACAAUUGCGCGAACGAAAUUUUGUAAUCUCCUGGUGGGACCCACAAAGUUAAAGUCGGGUUCAACUGAUUUAGGUAUUUUUAGCCGAGAAUAUUGCAAACGAUCUAGUUAUUAAAUUUAGUUGCGGUGGUAGGUUUUGAAUGAAACUCUGAGUGGGAUCAUGAUUGGACGCAUCCAAGGGUAGGGAUCGUAACAAAGCUUACACUUAUUGUCUGUAUUUGAACUAAUAUUACUUGUUAGAAAUUCAACAACGAACUGUGUAUUAAGUCCACAUUUGAUUCCGUUUUAUGUUAAGUUUUGUAUCUCGGAAAUAAAUGCGUGUAAGUAGUUGUAGUCUAGCUUUUUUAUAAUCAAUUAAUAAUCUAUAUUGUCUAAUUUAUGUUAUACUAUGUAUACUUUUUCUCAGUUCACAAGCAUUCUUUGAAACCUAAGUUAUUUCCCAAAUAUUUAGCUACUAAUUAUUAUCAGAAACUGAUGAACAUUUAGUUUGAAAAUAAUAAAUCUUCUAUUACGAGCAAAA